AUGACUUCCGUCAAUGUAAGUGAUCAAGAAGCUCAACACUUAUGCUUUCAAGAAUGGAUGAAGCUCCAAGAACAAGACCUCUUGGAGCUCCUCCAUGCCCACCACCAUUCCUCCUCCUCCUCCGCCAGCACCUAUCGCACUAGCGCUAACAGCGACAGCCACCUAAAACAACUCAUUGCAAAAUCCAUCAAACACUUCCAAGACUACAUUGACAACCGCAGACAUUUUGCACGUAAUGAUGUCAGUGCCUACCUUGCUCCCACUUGGUGCACCACUUUAGAAAGCUCCAUGCUCUGGAUCUCUGGGUGCCGUCCAUCCAGUUUCAUUCGGCUUGUUUAUGCGCUUGGUGGCAGAGAACUCGAAUCUCAUCUCUCUAACUAUCUCCAAGGUAAGAGAUAUGGAGACCUCGGUGAGCUCUCGACCAUACAGCUGAAAUCAGUUGACGAGUUACAGAUGAAGACGAUAAGGCAAGAAAACCGGUUGUCACAGAUGCUCGCCAGCUUGCAGGAGGAGAUAGCUGAUCAGCCAAUUGCCAUUAUCGCCAAUGAAGUGGGAAAUUUUGCUGAAAUAUGUGGUGAAGCAGAGGAGGCCCUCGAUAAACAUGCUAAGUGUUUAAUGCACGUUGUAGAAGAAGCUGAUAAGCUAAGGAUGGAGACUUUCAAGGAGCUGGUGAUGAACAUAUUGAGUCCAUUUCAAGCUCUUGAAUUUCUGAUAGCUAGCAAGAAGCUCCAUCUUUGUAUCAAUGCUUGGGGUGAAAAAAGAGAUCUUCAGCAUGGGAGGAACAGAGGAACAGCAGAGAGAAACAUCUGUCCAACUUUAUCUUAA